AUGUAUGAAACUUACUAAAAUAUGGAAAAAUAAAAUUAUAAUUAACGUAUUCUUUAAACAGGUAUAAAAGCAUAACCUAUAAGAAUAACUACAGAUUAUACCAUUAUAAAAUAAGCAGGUUCAGAUAUAACAGAAUAAUAAAAAGACUACUUAAUAAAUAUUAUCGAAGCAUCCAAGCUUUAUUUCUAAAGACUUUUGAAAGUAUACCCAUUAAUAGGAAAUAACAUUUUCCCGUAAGGGUUUUCUAAAAACUGUUUUGGGGCUUAAAUUCCUUAAAAUGAUUAAACAAUAGGGAUUCCUAAUUCAGAUUUACACAUAUACAUUAUUUUUAAUAAUUAAGCUGAUAAUUAAAUUGCAAAUGCAAUUUAUUGUGCAGUUGGUGAUGGAGGAUUCACCAGACCUAUUUUCGGAAGAAUUUAAUUUAAUAUAUACAAUUUGAGUAAAAUUAAUAAUCCGAUAAUAUUUAAGAGAGAUUUGGAAACAACUAUUCAUGAAAUUUUUCAUAUACUCGGUUUCUCAGUUUACGCAAUGAAAUAUUGGAUAGAUCCUGAUACUGGAAAACCUUAUGGAACUAACUAUAAAGAUAAAUUGUUAAAAACAAAAAUUUACAGAGGAAGAUAAACUUCUAUUUUAAUUUCUAAAAAUGUAGCAGAAGUAACUAGAAAAUAUUAUAAUUGUCCUACAGCUGAAGGAAUGUAACUUGAAAAUUAGGAUACUACAGGUUUUUAUAGUUAUCACUGGGAAAAUACUGUAAUUCAUAAUGAAAUUAUGACUGGAAACGAAGUAUCUAAUAGUGUUCUUUCUGUAUUUACAAUUGCUCUUUUGAAAGACACAGGCUUUUAUCCUGAAGUAAAUGAAAAUAUGGCAAAUAAUAUAUUAUGGGGAAAAGGAAAAGGUUGCGAUUUCUUAGAAAACGCUUGCUAAAGCACAAUUGAAUACCCUGAAUAUUCUAAAUAAAUUGAUAUAGAGUAAUGUACAUUUGAAUAUGAUGGAAUCGGUAGUAGCUAAAUGAUAAAUUAAGGAGACGAUUGUAAUAUUAUAUGUCACCAAUACAAAUGUUCCCCCGAUGCUUCUGAAAUAUCUGUUAUUUUCCCUGAAAUUAAUGUAAGUGCUUUAUGUGGAAAAAAUGAAAAAAAUAAGAAAAAAGACAUAGACUCGAGUGGCGAAAAAGCUUAUGGUUAAAUUACAUGCCCUUAAAAUUAUGAAAGAUUCUGUAAUUAAACCUAUUUAUGUCCAAAUUUCUGUUCCAGUAGAGGAUUUUGUGUAAACAGUCAAUGUAUCUGCUAAGCCGGAUUCGGAGGAGUUGAUUGUUCUAUAAAAUGCUCCGGGGUAGUCGAUAAUGAAAUGUGUGUAGAAGACUCAUGUCCUAUAGGCAAAUUUUUGAAUCCAGAUAAUACUUGCAAAUCAGAUUGUCCUUUAGGUUUAUUUGGAAUGGCUGAAAAACGUGAACCAUGUCAUAAUACUUGUUCUAAAUGUACAGGACCAUCAGCUAAUGAGUGCACUAGAUGUUAGUUUACGACAUUAUUGUAAUAAAAUAGAUGUGUAGAUAAAUACAUUUGUGAAUAUAGAUGGUCCGAUAUUUGUUAAGGAAAUUGUAAAAUUUGUUAAAAAAAUAAUUAACUUUUGUGUAUAUCUUGUUUAGUUGGCUUUUUUUAUUAUGAGGAUAAUUGUUUAAUUUGUGAGAAGAAUUCCUUAGGAUGUCUUUAAUAAGAUAAUCCUAACACCUGUUCUCAAUGUGAUACUAAUAAUGGAUUUAGAUUAACUUUAGAUUAUAAAUGCACUUUGUGUUAGUCACCUUGUUCUUUGUAAAAAAAUGCUUAGAAUGUACUCGAAAUUGUAAAAAAUGUAAUUAUAUUGGUUGCAGUGAAUGCUAUGAUGGUUAUUAUCUAUAUUAUAAGAGUAAAACUUGUUUACAUUGCGCUUAUAAUUAUCCUUAUUGUCAAUCCUGCGAUUAUCAUUAAUGUAUUAAAUGUAUGA